GUUUAGUCAAACCUUGCUUUUUUGUUUUGCUGCAAGGUUUGCUUCAGAUAAUAGCAUAACCACUUGGCCGGACAAAUAGGGAGCGAUAAGAGCUCUCACCCGAUAUGAACCUAAAGUCCUUUUGUUGCUUGCUCUCUUUUCUGAUGACUGAACGUACACCUUGGUAGAUAUAAGAUUGAAGUUGUCUCCAGUAAAAAUAAAUCGUAACUAAUCUGAUUUAAUAAUUUAAAAGAUCGAUAGUUCUAGUAGGUACCAAACGUAAUUGAGCAUCUAAGUAAUCGUGUUGUUCGCACCAUAAGGCAUAAUCCAAAUGAUGACUCUGAUAUUUUUCCUUAUUCAACUAUUGCUUAUUGCGAUAGUUUAUGGCCUCACAUGUGCCGAAAUCUUACAGCUACCUGCUGAAAAGAAGUUAACACUACAAGAAUUGCAAACCAUACAGCCGAAAGAUAUAGUGCAAUGUCUAGCGCACUUGGGAAAGGAAAAUCUUGGUGAAAAGGAAGCGGGUUUUUUAUGGAAAACGAUUGUGAACUUUUAUGAAGGGAUCCCGAAUAUUCCUGAUAGUGUGUUCAUGUUACUUCACUGGGUGACGCCGGCUGUAUCUCCCGAAGAGUACGGCAACAUCACCUUCAACAGUAUCGAUGUUAUACAGAACUUUGGUCUUGAUUAUAAUCUAAACGCGGAGCAGCUUUACGCUAUCGCAGAUCGCGUUCGACAAGAUUUUGCAGGGAAAGAACCGGAAGAUUACACCUACUACGAUUUGACAGCUUUGAGACAAAUAUUAUGUGCGUUCAACCGAAGCGAAAUUGAGAGAAUUCGACCAUCGGCGUACAGAGAAGCUGCUCUAAUUAUAGGAAAGCUACAAAAUUGCAACCCAGAAACGUUACAGGGAUUCGCUACUUUAGCGGUGCAAAGAAAAGCUUUCGGCUCACCCGAUACUUGGUCAGAUGCAACACUAGAAAUAUUAGGCGUAGUAGCAGAGUACCUACCUAAAGGCAUUGUGGAUAAUAAUAAACUAGGAGGCCAAAUGCCUAGUAUUUAAAUACACAUUUUACUACACUUUUGAUUUGAAUUAACUUUUACGAUGUCGUUAGUCUAUUAGUUGUUACAGUCUAUAUCUUUACUACACUGUUGAUUUAUAGACUUUUAUUGAUAUUUUCUUAUACGAAUGCUAUCAAUAACGCUUCUAUCACGUUUUGUCGAUUUAUUUUCUUUGUGAAACUAUUCGAAUCGCAGUGCAGGUAGCACCCUAUUAUAAGAGGUAAGUAGGUGUUGUUUUUUUAGUCUAGAUUUAGGUAGACAAUUUAUAUGCGAUAACUCGAUCUCCUAUAGGUUUUUAAUUUUUAUAUAUUCUUCAAAAUUAUAUGGCAACGAUAAACCUGCAAGAGUUUCGAUGUCUCAUAAUAUUACCGUACUGCAAAUAAAUUGAGCAACUUGUUUAGGUUACUACCACUUCACUGUUGUAACAACAUAUUGCAUUGUUUUUGGCAACACAAAAUUUAAGUACGACUGACUAACCGUACCACAGUCAAACCCUCAGUUACGACGGUUGCAUAAUAAAUGUAUGAACAAGU